AUGGGAAUCCCGUACCUGACCAAGCAUCUUCUCCCCUACGCCGAUUCGGUCUUGCUUGGUGGGGGCGCCGAUGACCAGCCAAAUGAAGCUCCGCGCGUGCGGUCUGUGGUAAUCGACGGUCCAAGCCUGGUAUAUCAUGUCUACUACCGAUUGCUCGCCUGGAUGAGCCCUGUGCAUGACGUGCUUGACAUACAGCCGACUUGCAACGAGGUGAGUCGGGCAGUAGUGACCUGCCUUCUGGAGUUGACCCGCCGGGGCAUCGAAAUACAUAAAAUCUGCUUUGAUGGGGCUCUGCCCGUCUCCAAGCGAGAAACCCGACGGGCACGAAUUGAAAAGUCCAGGCAUCGACUGGAAUUGUCUCGGCGCAGGGCUCCCACCUCCAGCAACGAGUGGCGUGAGGAGGUAGUCCUCCCGCCCACGCAACUAUGGCAGGGUCGAAAUCUCCCUGCGCGCUGGAGGAACCUCCCCGAGAAUCCUUUCAUGGUCUCUGCGGUCUUUGAGGACCUUCGGACUCGGUGGAAUAGAGAGCAGAUCCUGCAAGAGAUCAAAUGUGAUCCGAGUCAUCUACCAGACGGGGAUUAUCUCUGGGCGGAGAUCGCAGUCAUGGUUCCAGGGGAGGCGGAUGUAGAAUGUGCCCGAGUGUCAAAGCUCACUGGUUCGGCCAUUCUCACAAACGACUCAGACCUGAUAGUCCAUGACCUAGGGCCGGACGGCGCAGUUGUAUUUCUGAACACUGUGCAAUUUGUCGAAGAUGCUGAGGAUAAAGACAAUGCCACAAUUAAAGCUAUGAGAUUGCAUCCCAAUGAUCUCGCCCAUAGACUAGGCAUUAAAAACAUUCUGCGCUUUGCCUACGAGUUGAACGAGAACCCCCAUCUUGGUUUCUCGGAACUCCUGCGCCGGUCCAAAGACAACCAAGGCACGACGGAGGACUCUGAGCAAUAUCAUCAAUUUCUUCGUGAAUACCAGCCGGAGUCCAAUGGUUCCUCGGCUGUCCAAGGCCAUGUAUACCAGAACUUGGACCCUCGAGUGUCGGAGCUGUUCUGGCAGUACGAGCUCCCGGAUGCCUUUUGUGAAGCCAAUCAACCGCACAUAUACCUUGGAAUUCUUUUUGAAGACCAUUCCCGGAAAUGUGCUUGGGAAGUUGGUCGCUUUUAUAGGGCCCUGGGCUAUUCCCUCCUCAACCAGGCUUAUCCGCCAGCGAGGCAGUUUACCACUGUCUGCGAAUUCGUCCGCCGAGGGACCCGGGUUGUUGCCGAGCAGAUUACGCUAUGUGGCUCAAAAACCGUGAUGUCAGAUCUCUCAAUCGUUCAAAAACGCCUCGAUCUAGCCCAGAGUGUAUUCGGGGCUGACGAUCCGUCAACCUUCUGGGUGAUGUUUGCAGUGGCUGAGAUCUAUCGCGAUCCAUCUAGCCAGGCCUCGCUUCCCAGUGGUGGGCAAUUAGAGCGAUACCUGACAAAAGGGUUCGCUGGACAAAAAACGGAAUGGACGGACGUCCACUUUCUUGCCCAAAUUCAUGCUGUCUUGUAUUCGCUCCGGAUGCUGCACCAACUUUUACAAUUCCUACCGGAUGACAACCUGACAGGCUCGAACAGGCUCAUUCUCGGCAGCCUACCACCUUUACACAAUCUUUUACCAUCACGGGGAGAAACCAUUCGACGAUUCUCGAACAGAAGCGGGCUUGCUAAACGCUUGGUUUACCAACUGAUGACAACCUACGGCUGA